CCAAUACUUUUCCAGUUCUCAUCGUCUUCCCCUUUCCGGGCCAAGCAUUCGAACGUCGACCAGGACCCGAAAGUAACAAGCGGACGCCUCGCACUCCUCCUGCCCUCCUCUUGCGGGUUGGAUGUGCCGUUUGAUCGGGCGGGAGGACGACAAAAGGGAAUUUCUCGUUUUGCCUUCUCCGCGACCCCACGCUGAUGUAAACCUUGUCAAGGUUUUUUUCAUUCUCGCCGACGUCCACGCGCCUCGGCUCAACGCCAGUCAGCGUCGGCUGGCACUGCGGUGCGGUUCGGUUCGGUUCGGCGGGCGGCUUCGAAGCGAGCCGUUUGAUUGGCUCCCGUCAACGGGCAGCCGGCGGCCUUCUGCCGCUCGCCUUUGUGCGGGCCGCGCGGGCUGGCACGCGCCGGAGGACACCCGCGGGCGUCCGUUUUUAAUUAAGCGCACAAAAGCAGCGAGAGGCCGCUGCGCUCACGUGACGCUCGGCGGCCAAUACGAAGGCGUCGCGGAGUCCGCAAACAAACGCGCGGUUGUGUUGAGCGCUUUUGGAUUGUUGGCCUUGUUGAUGCAUACGUUCAAUAAAAACGCCCCCCAAAAAAAGAUCAACGUUGGAGCAGCAAUUUUUUUCCUGUCACGGCGAGGAAAGCAAGUGUGUUUAUCAUAAAGUAAUUCAGUGCGCCCUACCCCGAUUAAAAACGUUUCAAAAGUUUUGUUUGCGUGUGGUGUGCCCCCCACUGGCGGUGGACGGCUACUGCACGUCCAGGUGUGCGCGCCCCUUCUCCAAAGGUCAAAGGUUCAAAGGAAGAUGGCCGCCUCGGACAUUUUGGGAAGAUUUUCGGUGGCGACGUGCCGCAACGACGUCCAGGGGGCCGCCGGACGGCUCCAUCACUGGCAAGAAGCUCGUUUUCGGUGACGCGGCCGAUAUGUGACGCCAUCAGCCGUCGUAACAGGACGAGGCGGCGGCGGCGGCUGGUGUCGGCGCGCGUGCGCGUGCACGUGGCCAUGGAUCUCCGCAUGCUGCUCGCUCUGCGGGCGUGCUUGUUGCUGGUCCAGGGACGAGCGCUGCACGCCGACUCCAUCAUUCACAUCGGCGCGGUCUUCGAGGAGAACGCGGCCCGGGACGACGAGGUGUUCCAGUUGGCCGUGUCGGAUCUCAGCCUGAGCGACGACGUCCUGCAGAGUGAGAAGAUCACCCACUCCAUCAAAGUCGUGGAGCCCAACAACCCUUUCCAGGCCGUCCAAGAAGCCUGCGAGCUGAUGAACCAGGGCAUCCUGGCGCUGGUCACGUCGACGGGCUGCGCCUCGGCCAGCGCCCUGCAGUCGCUGACGGACGCCAUGCACAUCCCGCACUUGUACGUCCAGAGGAACGGCGGCGGCGGCGCGCCCAGGACGGCUUGCCGGCUCAACCCGAGUCCCGGAGGGCGCGGCUACACGCUGGCGGCCAGGCCGCCCGUCCGCCUGGACGACGUCACGCUGACGCUGGUGGAGGAGCUGCGCUGGCAGAAGUUCAUCGUCUUCUACGACGUCGAGUACGACAUGCGAGGCCUUCAGGGCUUCCUGGACCGGGCGUGCCGAGAAGGCCUGGACGUUUCUCUGCAGCGUGUGGACAAGAACAUCAGUCAGGUGUUCAGCGACCUGUUCACGUCCAUGCGGACCGAGGAGCUGAACCGCUACCGCGACACGCUGCGUCGCGCCAUCCUGCUGCUCAGCCCGCGCGCCGCGCACGCCUUCAUACAGCAGGCAGUGGAAACCAACCUGGCUUCGAAGGACAGUCACUGGGUGUUCGUCAACGAGGAAAUCAGCGACGCGGAGAUCCUGGAUCUUACCCACAGCGCGCUGGGGCGCAUGACGGUCGUCCGGCAGAUUUUCCCGCCGUGGAAGGACGGCGGCGCUCGAUGCACGAGGAACAACCAUCGCAUCUCGUCGCUGCUGUGCGACCCUCAGGAAGGAUACCUGCACAACCUGGAGGUAUCCAACCUGUACCUCUACGACAGCGUGCUGAUGCUAGCAAACGCCUUCUACAGGAAGCUGGAGGACAGGAAGUGGCACAGCAUGGCCAGUCUGAACUGCAUCAGGAAGUCUACCAAGCCCUGGAACGGAGGCUGGUCAAUGCUGGAGACCAUCCAGAAGGGUAACAUCACGGGUCUGACGGGCGCCAUGGACUUCAAGGACAGCGGCGCCAACGCUCACGUCCGCUUCGAGAUCCUCGGCUCCAGUUUCAGCGAGACCUUCGGCAAGGACGUCAAGAGGUUGGCCACGUGGGACGCCGCGCACGGCCUGAACGGAAGCCUGAAGGAGAGUCGCAUCGACAGCGGCAUGCAGGGAGUCACCGUCAAAGUGGUCACGUUGCUGGAGGACCCGUUCGUGAUGGUGGCGGAGAACAUCCUGGGCCAGCCCAAACGCUACAAAGGCUUCUCCGUCGACGUGUUGGACGCGCUGGCCCGGGCUUUGGGUUUCAAGUACGACAUCUACCAGGUGUCCGACAGCAAAUACGGAUCUCGGCUCCCCAACGGCUCCUGGAACGGGAUGAUCGGCGACCUCAUUAAUAAGAGAGCCGACCUGGCCGUGUCGGCCAUCACCAUCACGCCGGAGCGCGAGAACGUGGUGGACUUCAGCAAGCGCUACCUGGACUACAGCGUGGGCAUCCUGCUGAGGAAGCCGGAGGAGAAGGUCAACAUCUUCUCGCUCUUCGUGCCGUUCGACUUGGCCGUGUGGGCUUGCAUCGCCGCCGCCGUCCCGGUGGUGGGCGUCCUCAUCUUCCUGCUCAACAGGCUGCAGGCGCUGCGCUCGUGCGCCGUCCACGGCGCGCCGCCCGGCCAGCCCGACGGCGGGUCCGGAUCGCUGCACGGCGCCAUGUGGAUCGUCUACGGCGCCUUCGUGCAGCAAGGCGGCGGCGGCGGCGAAGGCGCGGCGGCUUCCGUGGCCCUGCGGAUCGUCAUGGGCAGCUGGUGGCUCUUCACGCUCAUCGUGUGCUCGUCGUACACGGCCAACCUGGCGGCGUACCUCACCGUGUCCCGGAUGGACCACGCCGUACGGUCGUUCCAGGACCUGUCGCGGCAGACGGACGUGGACUACGGCACGGUGAGGGACUCGGCCGUGUACGACUACCUCCGCAACAAAGGCACCAACCCGCUGGAGCAGGACGCCACGUACGCCGAGCUGUGGCGGACCGUCAGCAAGAACGGCGGCCUGGACUACUGCGUGUCCAGCCCCUCGGAGGGCAUCCGUAAGGCCAAGAAGAGCGCCUACGCCUUCCUGUGGGACACGGCGGCGCUGGAGUACGCGGCGCUGACGGACGACGACUGUGCCGUCACCGUGGCGGGCGGCGGCGGCGGCAGCAGCAAAGGCUACGGCGUGGCCAUGCAGCACGGCAGCCCCUACCGGGACCUCUUCUCGCAAAAGAUUCUGGAGCUGCAGGAGAAGGGCGACCUGGACGUCCUGAAGCAGAAGUGGUGGCCCCGCACGGGCCGCUGCGACCCGGGCGGCGGCGCCGGGGCCCACGCGGAGGGCCGCUCCCUCAAGCUGCACAGCUUCGCCGGCGUCUUCUGCAUCCUGGCCGCCGGCCUGCUGCUGGCCUGCCUGGCGGCCGGCGUGGAGGCCUGGUGGAGCGGCGACGGAUGCCGCCGGGAGACGCCCAAAGAGGUCGCGAAGGAUUUCGGGCUGGCUUUGGUUUCGGGUCCGUUGACUUUUAAUGACUUUGCUGCGUCCCAGGGGAGCGCGGACAUUUGGACGGGCUGGCAGGAAGCGCAUGCCGCCGCCACAGGACAAGGAGGUGAACCUGGAACAGGUGCAUCGACGUAUGAACAGUCUUUUGGACGAGGACUUGGUCCACAAGCAGAUCCCCGGCCCCUCUAUCGAGAUCUCUGCGCUGGACAUCGCCGGCGUGCGGCCCGCCCAGGCGGCCGCGAUGCCCCCGGGCCUCGCCGUGACCACCUUCCUGCCCAGGGAGGGGGCGCCGCCGCCGCCUCCGCCCCCGCCCCUGAGCCACCCUCGCCUUGGGGGGACCCUAGCCAGGACGCUGCCGCCGCCCCAGCUCCCUGGCGGCGCCGUUCUGCCGGCCCACCUGGCGGGCACCCUGCAGUGCAAGCACAGGGCCCCCAACGGGGGGCUCUUCCGGCAGAGCCCUGGCAAGGUGCCGCUCUACCAGGCAGGACCCGUGACCGCAGCCGUUGACGCCGCCCACAGCACCUCCAUUUAGGCCCGCCGGCCUUCCGCCCCCCCCAUCCCUGUUUUUUGGGGUUUGGAGGGAAUCCGCCGGCGCUCGGGACUUUUCUUCUCGUGUAAAUAACAAAAUGAAGCAAGGAGCAUAAAAUGUAUUUUGAAUAUUCUCCCAUUUUGGAAGUUGCGUUGCAGCGAAACCAGAACGCAUCACGUAUACACGGAUAUGCAUAAUACAGAGAAUCAACGUGAUGCCAACGUUUUGACGGUUUUGUAAAUCGAAGAUGAGGCAAAUGGCAUUAUUUUGCCCAAAAGCAAACAAUGGCGCCAUCCGCUGCCCCUCGUCCAUUUUUAACGCCACAGUCGUCAUGACAACCGUCCAAAAGAAGUUCAUCUCGUUUCAUUUCAAAGGAAAAAAAACAAUCAAAAUUCAUUGAUUGGUCGGCCCUGGUCGCCAUGACAACGCUGCCCAAACACACUUUUUAUUUCUUUAUUUCUUUUUUUUGUCUGUGGCUCCUUUGAUCCGUUAAACUUGUUAAACAUUUACGUGUCCUAAGUUUGGAGUUGGCGCGGAAACGGGCGCGGGACGCGAGUGCGAGGACGAACCUGUCGGCCCGCGGCGCCCCCUGUGGCCCUGGACUCACUUUUGAACAUGGCAACUGUUGUUGUUUUUCGAGGCACGCAAAACUGUAUGAACGUUGAAAGACUUUGAUGCCGUGACCAAUUCUUUUCGGAGUGUCGCCUGUUUUAAAGUCAAAGGGGUUAGCCCAAAGGGUUCGGUUCCGGAUCCACCCGUUUGUAAAAAUGCGGCUGAUUGGUGAUCUUAUCUAUUUUGAUGAAAGCGCGCCGCAGACAUUCGGGAGCCGUGAGAAAUUGCGGGGGCCCAAAAUGUUAAGCCUCGCGAAUCAAGCGCAACAAACACUAAGCGAGCCUCUCGCCGGGUCCCGCCGUCCCCAGACGGACAUUAGUUCAGGCUGCCGCAAGCUGGAAAAGUUCACUAAAUGUCGUCUUCUUCGGAUUCAUCCGCAGCCGCACAAGUUGAACGCAGGCAACUGGAGUCGUCUCGCUUUUGGCAGGCGGUCUCGGUUCGUGCCAAACGGUUCUUGGGCCCUCAAUUUCUAGGGGAGGCCUGGACCGGGGAGGCGCCCCCGGAGGACGGGCCCGCACCAGGAAGACGCCGGCACGUUCCUUUGCCUGCGGCCGUUCCGGUUUUUCGCAUCCGGCGGCGUUCCCGCUUUUCACUGACCAAAGCGUUGCUUGUAAAUAUUGAAGGUGUUCAAUAUUCCAGACGGUACUGUCGGCGGUGCACCUCGGAUCAGAGGAUCCCGGUGGAACUCGGGCCCGACUGUCUCGGGGACUCGUUCUUCGGUCUCAGUGCCUUGAAAAGAACUUUCAUCUUUUGCGUGUUGCUCGGCAAACGCGGGCCAGUCUCGCAUUCUGCUGCUGUCGUCACUUUUCAAAGUCAAAGGUUUGGGUCAGUAACUUAGUCGUGACGUAUGAUCUAUUUCUUCCGCUGGCAGUUUGUUUUUCCAACUUCUCACAAGUAAAACAAAAGUGUCUUGAAUUGUCUAACAACAGUACCGAGUUUGGACCGCAGAUUCAAAACCGAAAGGGUUCCGGCUGCCUCCGUUCAACUUUGUGCGCACGUCAACUGGUUCUGCGCGUCUUUAGUGUUCCGACGUCCCACUUUUAUUCAGCGCCACGCCGCUUGGACUUUCUUAUCCCGAAUAAAGAAAUAUGUUUCCAACAGGCCGGGCUCCUCU